CACUUUCGUAAGCAACCAUCAAUUUCGCUGUGACAUCAAACCACUUGCGGGUUUAUGUAUCUCUCACGGAGUGGACUAUUUUACAUGCAGUCACUUGGAAGAAGAGCUCUCAGGAUCACAUUUUCACUUUCUUCUGGCCCACGACAGCCCUACGGCUCUUUCAGACCUCUCUCUGUCACAGUUCGAACAAUGGCUACCCAGUGGAAACUCAAGGACGUCAGUUUGAGUUCGCUGAAGAAUGGCAGCAAGUUGGAAGCUGAGGUAGAGGGUAUUUCUGAUGGCAAGGUCCUCCUAGUCAAGUCGGAGGGCAAGGUCCAUGCUAUGAGCCAUAAAUGUACCCAUUAUGGUGCUCCUCUUGUAAAGGGCGUCUUGAGCGGGGAUAGAAUCACCUGCCCAUGGCACGGAGCCUGCUUUAAAAUCACAACGGGCGACAUCGAAGACGCACCUGCUCUCGAUCCAUUAGCGAAAUUUGAGAUCGUUGAAAAAGAUGGUGCAGUUUAUAUCCAAGGCGAUGAGUCAGCAAUCAAGGCGAACAGAAGAAAACUAAAUCUUAAGUGUGCGUCAAUGUCGCAGGACAAGGUCAUAAUUGUCGGCGGUGGAAGCGGCGCUCUUGGGGUCACAGAAGGUCUCCGUGGUGGCGGAUUCAACGGAGAGAUCACCAUGAUCACUUCAGAAGGCUAUCCACCUAUUGAUAGAACGAAGCUAUCCAAGGCAUUGUUGACCGAUGUCUCGAAACUGGCAUGGCGCUCGGAGGAAUUCUACAAGGAGGCAGCCAUAGAUGUCGUUCAUGAUACUGUUGAAUCCGUAAAUUUCAGCGAGAAAUGCGUGAAGACAUCAUCUGGAAAGACUCAUCAAUACACCAAGCUCGUUCUUGCUACUGGUGGGACGGCCAAUUUCCUCCCGCUCCCGGGCUUGAAGGGUGACUUGAAAAAUGUAUUUGUGCUCAGGACGCUUCCAGAUGCUCAAGAAAUCAUGAAGUCUGCAGGUGAGGAAGGAGGUAAGAAGAUCGUGGUUAUCGGAUCCUCAUUCAUCGGCAUGGAAGUCGGCAAUUGUCUCGCGGGGAAAAAGCACCAAAUCAGCAUCGUUGGUAUGGAGGAAGAACCAAUGGAGCGAGUCAUGGGUAAGCAGCUUGGGAAGACUUUCCGAGGGCUUCUGGAGAAGAAUGGUGUUAAAUUUUAUAUGGGCCAGUCCGUCGACAAAGCAACAGCAUCAUCCGCAGAUUCUUCAAAGGUUGGCGCCGUGUUACUGAAAGAUGGAACUAGGCUUGAAGCAGAUCUUGUGAUCGAAGGCGUUGGUAUCAAACCAGCAACUUCGUAUCUCAAAGACAAUUCUGCAAUUCAGUUAUUGGGAGACGGUUCCUUAGAAGUGGACGAAUCUUUCCAAGUGAAUGGCCUGAAAGACGUCUACGCUAUUGGAGACAUUGCAACAUAUCCUUAUCACGGCCCAGGGAGUAAUGGCAAGAAGGUGCGCAUUGAGCAUUGGAAUGUUGCCCAGAAUGCAGGGCGCACAGUGGCCAAGGCGAUCAAUGCACCAGAAUCCAAACCUGAGCCUUUCACACCCGUCUUUUGGUCAGCUCUGGGCAUGCAAUUGAGAUAUUGUGGCAAUACCAUGGCGGGAUAUGACGACGUGGUAAUUAAAGGAGAAACUGAUCCCGAGAAAGCGAGCUUCAUUGCCUAUUAUACCCAGGGCGAGACCGUUGUGGCUGUCGCGACAAUGGGCAAGGAUCCAUAUAUGGUGCAAUCUGCAGAACUGAUGCGAAAGGGGAAAAUGCCAAGCAAAAGGGAAAUCUUGAAUGGAAUUGACUUGCUCGAGGUAGAUGUUCCGAAGCUAUGAAUGUCUGAGAAGGCAUUGUUAGACUCUCAAGAUUGGAUAAGCAUAUCAGAGAACACAAAAACAUAACUCGCUUUGAUUUCCUUGGUUAUGGUUACGCAAAUUCAAUGAGCAAUGUGCAAUGUGCAAUGUAAAGCUGGCAGAAGAUUGGAGAAUAAUUUCAAGCAAUAACGCAAAAUGGUAAUGGCUACAUUGCUAAAAAGUACAAACAGACAUUGCGAUUCCUUUCGUCGAUGAUUUACGAUGUUUAUGGCAGGUUUAAUGUUGUUACGGAGUAAAAACAAUCAAUAGAAUCAAGCGCGAAAUCACCGAAGCGGGCUUCAUGAGCAACAAAAGUUGAAGCAAAAUAGAUAACUAAUGAAGGGUGAGAGUAGUAUUGCAAUUUGGAUGGAAUCGCAUUCCGCAAUGAAGAUACUUUACUACUUGAUAUUGUUGUCUAGAUCUGAAUAUAUUCCAAAGCUCAAAAAGAA